UUCCUGAAACAUAAUUCUUGUGAUCACUUGAGAGUAUUUGAAACGAAUUUCAAUGUGAAUAUAAUUUACCGCAACUUUCAAUCGGGUUAUUACCCUCUCUAUUCGCAAAACUUUAUUAGACAUAAUAAGAAUCUGACAAAUGAAGACAAUUUACUUAAAAAUGAUCAACUUUUCGACUUCUUAUUUAAUUUAUUCAAAGACCAAAAGCAAGAACUAAAUGUCGGAAAAUUCUUGUCGUCGUUGGCGGAGAAGGGAAUCAAGAAAACGGAUCCGCGUUUGGAUAAAAUGGUCGAAAGAUUGAAAGCGAUUCUCAUUGAGAGGAAAGAAAGCGGAAAUAUAGAGGGUUUGACUCUCGAUAAGGAUCUCUGCAAAAGUAUAUUCCAGGAAAAUCUAAUUCUGUUCAGUCGGGCGUUUAAAGACGACUUUGUUAUCCCAGACUUCACUGAAUUCUGUAAAUAUAUUGAAGAAUUUUAUUGGAAAUGCAAAGCAAACAUCGGGGGAAAAGUGGCCGCUUAUAUCCCACAAUUGGCUAAAUUUAAUCCGGCAGAAUAUUGGGGCGUAAGUGUGUGUACAGUGGAUGGACAGCAGUAUUCAAUCGGAGACACAGGCAUUCCCUUUACGAUUCAGUCGACCGGAAAGCCUGUCAAUUAUGCGAUCGCUCUCAACGAACUCACGUGUAAUGUUGUGCACAAAUACGUGGGUCAGGAGCCCAGCGGCCGUAUGUUCAACGAACUGGUACUCGACCACAAUCGCAAACCCCAUAAUCCUAUGGUCAACGCCGGCGCUAUUGUCAUCUGCUCUCUACUCAUGCAUCUAAUCAAACCAGAGAUGAGACACUCGGAGAAGUUUGAUUGGGUCAGCAAUUACUACAAAAGUCUUUGCGGCGGUGAAUACAUGGGCUUCAAUAACGCAACCUUUUUGUCUGAAAGAGAAGCCGCCGACAGAAACUUUUCCAUCGCUUACUUUAUGAAAGAAAACAAAUGCUUUCCCGAAAAGGCUGUCCUCAAAGACAUUAUGGACUUUUAUUUUCAAAUGUGCUCUUUGGAAGUGAACUGUCAUUCUGUAAGCGUGAUGGGGGCCACUCUCGCCAAUGGGGGCAUAUGUCCCGUCACUAAUGAGACAGUUAUCACCAAUUCUUCGGCGGUUAGAGAUUGUCUAUCGCUAAUGCACUCGUGCGGAAUGUAUGACUAUUCGGGACAGUUUGCCUUCAGAGUAGGUCUUCCCACCAAAUCAGGAGUGUCGGGUUCAAUGAUGGUAGUGGUGCCUAAUGUGAUGGGAAUCUGUGUUUGGUCGCCACCUCUGGACGCUUACGGCAAUUCUGUGCGAGGGGUCGAGUUCUGUGAGGAACUCAUCUCAACAUUCAAUUUCCAUCACUACGACAACCUCUUCCACAGCAAAAAUAAAUUGGAUCCCAGAAAGAGAGGCUUCACUUCAAAGACUAAAACUUUAAAUAACGAUUAA